AUGGUUGUGCAAUCAACCUAUCCCCAAAUCUCUCUUCCUAAUGAACUUGUUAGUUCAACUUCAGCCGAACCUGAACCCAUACUUGUCCUGAGUGAUGAUUUGGUAGAUUUCUCCCCAAGUCUUCAGUCUAACAUCCCUGAACAUCUAGAAGUCAUGGUGCCUCCAGCUACUACUCUUGUUCCUACUCCUACUAACAAAUCCCCCUCCAGGAGCGAGGACUCUCUUACAACUAUCUCUAGAUGA